GACCAAAGAUGACCACUAAGCGGUGCUAAGUGGUAACCCUGUGCUACAUUUCCCAGCAGCCCCUUGGCCGCAUCGUCAAGCAAGAUGGCAGCUGUUGUCGAGAAUGUUGUCAAACUCAGGUUGGGCGAGCAGUACUACAGAGAUGCCAUGGAGCAAUGCCAUAACUACAACGCUCGUCUGUGCGCGGAGAGGAGCGUGCGCAUGCCCUUCCUGGACUCCCAGACGGGCGUGGCUCAGAGCAACUGCUACAUUUGGAUGGAGAAAAGGCACAGGGGGCCUGGCAGGGCUCCGGGCCAGCUCUACACUUACCCUUCCAGGAGGUGGCGCAAAAAGCGAAGAUCUCAUCCUCCCGAGGACCCUCGGCUAGUCUUCCCCUCAGCGAAGUCAGAGCCGGAUGUCGGACUGAAGAAGGAUGCGCUCUUGUCAUCUGAUGGCAGCAGCCUGGAGGCCUUGCUGAAGGGCGACUCCCUGGAGAAACGCGCACCCGCCGAUCCCCGAGCGUCCGAGGAAGACUCCAACCCCGGCGACUACGCCGUCGGCCUGAACCCCGCCGCACGCACCAGAAAGAAAAUCUUGGAACCUGACGACUUUCUCGAUGACCUGGACGACGACGACUACGAGGAAGACACGCCCAAGAGAAGAGGCAAAGGCAAGGGGAAGGGUCGCGGGGUGGGCAGCGGCGGCAGCAGCAGGAAGAAGCUGGACUCGGCAGCGUUGGAGGAGCGCGACAAGCCGUACGUGUGCGACAACGCUAUCAAACAAAAGCAUAUUUCCAAACUUUCUGAAAAAGUCUGCGGCAAACGCUACAAGAACCGUCCCGGCCUGAGCUACCACUACACCCACUCGCACCUGGCCGACGAGGAGGGCGAAGAAAAGGAGGAGAUGGAGAUCAGCGAGCCGCAGACACCGCUGCCGGAGGCGCCCAAAACCCCGAAGAGAGGCCCAGACGGGCUGGCCUUGCCCAACAAGUACUGCGACUUCUGCUUGGGAGACUCCAAAACCAAUCACAAGACGGGCCAGUCGGAAGAGCUGGUGUCCUGCUCCGACUGCGGCCGCUCGGGCCACCCGUCAUGCCUGCAAUUCACCCCCAUCAUGAUGGCCGCCGUCAAGACGUAUCGCUGGCAGUGCAUCGAGUGCAAGUGCUGUAACAUGUGCGGCACCUCCGAGAACGACGACCAGCUGCUCUUCUGUGACGACUGCGAUCGAGGUUACCACAUGUACUGUCUCAAGCCGCCCAUGGCAGAACCCCCGGAGGGGAGCUGGAGUUGUCACCUGUGCGUGGACCUCCUGAAAGACAAAGCGUCCAUCUACCAGAAGCAGGACGCCCCGCCCUCGUGAUGGCCGCUCCUUCUGCACAUACUUCGGCCGCGCCGGCGUCGCGCAAGUGUGUCCAGAGGGAGGCUGUGAUUAGUCCAAAGGGAAGUACGUGCUACCACGCUGGCCUCAUCUCUUCAUACGUGACUGUUACACUCUCCAUUUUUUUUUUCUUCCCGUGAGAUCGGCGGAAUUGUGCAGCGGGCCGUGCAAAGUGAAACUUUUAAAUGUAUUUUUUUUUUUUUUUUAACAAUUUCUAUCUUUCUAAAGUUGAUCUCAGUACGCUUUAGUGGAUGUCAAUUUGGGUUCUUUUAGAUUUCGGAGACCUUUCACACCGUCGCACGCAGGCUGAAAUUACAAAUUAUUGACAAAUUAUUUUUUUAAACGAGAAGCACGAGGUUAUCGAUGGACAAUAACGAUCACAUUUGAUUGAUAUUUAAGAUUACUGUCAUACUCGAAAUAAUCGUAAGUAUAAAUAUGUCAUUCACAUUUUUGAAGAAUGACCAUUUUUCUUGUGGUUGUGGCCUGCAAUAAGGCGCUGCAUCGUUUGAAAAGAUUUUGCAGCAAUUGAACAAAUCCUACAUGCUAUGUUUUUUGGCUUUGUUUCAAAUAACAGUUCCUCUGAGGUUCUAUUUGCACGGCGUGCUGGCCGAAAUGCGCUGCUGGGUCAUGUAUGUAUCAGUUUCUCAUCCAUUUUUGAGGGUAGAAUGCAAAAAUAGACCCCCCGGCCCCUCCCUUGUCAUUCCCAACAGCUCUUUGGGGCCUUUUACUACCACACAGGCACAUAAUUGCUCCCACCAAAUGCCAAUGUUAAGGUCUUCCUCGCUGUGUUGUAGCAGUUCUACGUUUAGUCUCCCUUCCAACUCACCUCGAUUGUUUUCUAGUCAUCAUUUGCUGCGUUAGGACGCUCGAAUGAGACCGUUUUCCUUGCUUGUGUGGCGGCCACGGAACGUUUUCUUGGAUUUGGACACGGGCUCAGCAAUGAUGUGCCCUCAAAAGCAUCAAGCGCCAUUUCCCUCAAAAGUGUGAAACAAAGGCCAACGUGCACCACCGGAGAAGCACUAUCGGCGCUUUGGAUUUUGGUAGACAACACGGGAGCGCGGUUCAUGGUAAAAAUCACUGUAGGCGACUUCCCGUAGGCUGACUGAUGGAAUGUCCCAUUGUACUUUUCACUGUAGGAAAAUAAAAAAAAUAUAUAUAUAUAUACUAA